AUGGGUAUAUACAACAAGCUUGCAGACGACAUCAAUGAGGUAGAUGUCAUCAUCGCUGGAGGCGGUACAGCGGGUUGUAUCAUAGCCGGUCGACUUGCUGAAGAUGACCCCUCCCUCUCUAUUCUCGUAAUCGAAGGGGGCGCGAACAACAAAGAUGUCGCCAGCGUUGUCAACCCCGUUUUCUACCUGCAGAACCUACUGCCUGCCACCAAGACCGCUCUCUUCUACAAAGGAAACAAGUCGAAGCAGCUAGCCGAUCGCGAACCCAUUGUACCUUGCGGUGGUACCUUGGGCGGAGGCAGUUCAAUCAAUUUCAUGAUGUACACACGAGCACAAAGAUCGGACUUCGAUAGCUGGAACACACCUGGCUGGUCAGCUGAGGAAAUGUGGCCGCACCUAAAGAAGCUAGAGACCUACCACGGGCCCGGAGCGAAAGAGCACCACGGCCACAGCGGACCAAUCCAUGUCUCAGACGGAGGUUAUCGCGCAAAGGCUGCUGAAGACGACUUCAUAAGCGCAGCUGAGAAGGUCGGCUACCCUGAGAUCGAAGAUCUGCAGAACCUGGACGAUAACAACGGUAUUGCGCGAUGGCAACGCUACGUCUCACCAGAGGGCAAACGCCAAGAUACCGCACACACAUAUCUCCACCCGAAGCUCGAAGAUGAGCGGUAUUCCAACCUUCACGUUCUCGUCGAAUCGAAGGUGGUGCGCGUGCUGUUCGACGAGAACAAACGUGCCACUGGUGUCGAAUACACACCAAACCCAGAGUUCCAAGCUGAAAUCGGUCUGAGCAUGCAUCCUGUGAAGGCUGUGAAGGCUCGCAAGUUGGUCGUCGUCACAUCUGGUGCUUGCGGUACACCACCCAUUCUCGAACGUUCGGGUUUGGGCUCCAAGGAGAUCCUCGAACGUGCUGGUGUACCUCUUGUGGAAGAGUUACCUGGUGUAGGAAAGGAUUACCAAGACCACCACCUCCUUCUCUACCCCUACAAGACUGCCCUAGCGCCCGACCAAACCAUCGAUGGCAUCCUCAGCGGACGUGCCGACGUUGCCGAGAUGAUGAAGAACAAAGACCCUAUGCUAGGCUGGAACGGCAUCGACAUAUCCUCCAAGCUACGUCCUACCGAAGAAGAAGUCACUUCCCUCGGACCAGAGUUCCAAGAAGCGUGGAAUCGCGACUUCAAGGAUGCGCCAAACCGUCCGCUGAUGCUGUGCGGUCUGGUGUCUUGCUUCCUGGGCGACCCAGCAAGCAUACCUGCGGGCCAGUACGUCACAGCGGGUAACUACACCGCGUACCCCUACUCGCGCGGACACAUGCACAUCACCGGUCCAAAGCACGAUGACCCACUAGAUUUUGACGUGGGCUUCUUCAAUGACAAAGACGACAUCGACCUCAAGAAGCAAAUCUGGGCGUACAAGAAGCAACGCGAGAUCUUGCGACGUACGAAGUUCUACCGUGGCGAGCUGGCUGCGGGCCAUCCAAAGUUCGCUGCCGAUUCUGCGGUCGCCCUACAAGAGAAUGUCGAAGGUCCUCUGGAAGAUGUUAAGGACUUGGUCUACAGCAAGGAAGAUGAUGCUGCCAUCGAGCAGUGGCUACGAGAGAACGUCAACACAACGUGGCACUCGCUUGGCACGUGCAAGAUGGCGCCGAGAGAGGAGGAUGGUGUCGUUGAUUCCUCCUUAAACGUGCACGGCGUCAAGGGUUUGAAGAUUGCGGAUCUCAGUAUCCCUCCGGAGAAUGUGGGUGGUAACACGAACAAUACGGCACUUGUCAUUGGUGAGAAGGCGGCGGAUAUCAUCAUUAGUGAACUACGGGGAAGCGCCGGUACUCCGUAG